GAUAAAAAAUUCGGGCUCAUCCAUUUUAAUGUUUAAAUAUUUAGUGAAUUGCAGUAUAAUGCAACGUAAUGCAGCGGUUUUAACCAUUUUGUGCAUAUUUUUAUGUCUUACGUUCAAUUACACCUUCCCGUUGCACAGAGAGGGGUCCAAUGUGUUCAUAGAUGUUUACGGCAAUCAGUCCAAAAUUUGCACAAGAAGUGACCACCACGACAAUAUGCUCGACAGAACAAAGAAGAUGGGCAACAAACUAGACAAUGCAUUCAAAAGAUUUAAAGACUCGACACAAGAUUUUUCAAGAAACAUUCAAGCCCGCUUGGCCAACGUGAAAAACUCUUUAAGUGAAGAAGAUCUGCGACAGUAUGAACAACUUGUGAUUAUGAAAAAAUACCCCUAUUUAGAUCUUAAAGAAAUAGAGUUCAAAUUUAAUAGUCCGCCUGAAAAAACUGCCAGGCAAAGCGUUAAAUAUGAUGCCGGAAGAAACUAUGUUGGUGAUCCCAGUUUCUGUGAACCUUUAGAUGAAUCACCAAGUGUAGAAAUAAUAAAUAGAGGACUCACUGGAUUUGCAAUACCAGCCAAAAUAGUAAAGAGUACUAAAUUAUUGGAGACUAAAUUAAAACUUAACAAUGUGAAGGCUGCUGAAGACAAUGCAAAUAAUAACGUGAAGUUAACGGUGUCUGCAAAUUCUGCAACACAGUCCGAUACGAAGGCCAACAUCCAUGAUGAUACUGUAUUUUACGAAGCGUAAAAUUUAAAA